AGUGCAGGCUCCAUCGCUGUAUAGUUUCUAGUAAUAACGUGGUUGUUAUGUAACCUGUCUGUUUCUAUUUGAAAUAUUUAGCGUAACUACGUAGACAUUUUUAAAACUAUCUAGGGGGGACACUGGCAUAGCUUCAUCAAACAGCUGCAAGCUAACAGUAGCUUCUCUAGCGGAGGGUACAGUGCGCUGCGGCUAGCUGACGGUACAGCUGUUGACAGGCGGCAACUCCACGGAAACGGCACCGACUGACUCUCCGUCCAUCCCGCUGGAGUAACGUUACCGGCCGAGAGGAGCAAAUGAACGAACUGGUGAAGAGUUUACCCUCCCCGACUCUCCCGGGGCUCCACCUGCCGUGUUUGGAUACCGGUACCUACAAGGGCUGGCUCUUUAAAUGGACCAACUACUUGAAGGGUUACCAGCGGCGGUGGUUCGUCCUCAGUAACGGCCUGCUGUCCUACUACAGGACUCAGGCAGAAAUGGCACACACCUGCCGAGGCACAAUUCCCUUGGCAACAGCACACAUCGAGGUGGGAGACACCUGCCACAUGGUGUUAACUAGUGGAGGCCGGAGCUACCACCUGAAGGCCACCUCUGAGGGAGAGUGUCAGCGAUGGGUCUCUGCCAUGCAGCAAGCUAAGGCCAACUCCAGUCUGAUGCAUCACUCAGAUGACUCAGGAGAUGAAGGUCCUGUACCUCAGGAGGACCGAGCCCUAACCCAAGGGGUGCUCAAGACUCUGGCCAGCAAGCUAGAUGACCUGAGCACCUGUAAUGAGCUGAUAGGAAAGCACGGCGCCGCCCUCCAGCGCUCCCUCAGCGAACUUGAGGAACUGCGUGGGUCCUCUGACAGCACAGACAGAGUGAAAGCUGUUAAUGAGCGAGCCACCCUAUUCCGCAUCACCUCCAAUGCUAUGAUCAAUGCAUGUCGUGACUUUCUGGAUGUAGCAGAAUCUCACAGCCGGAGGUGGCAAAAGACCCUGCAGUAUGAGAGAGAGCAGCGUCACCAUCUGGAGGAAACCAUCGAACAGUUAGCCAAACAGCACAACAGCUUGGAGAGAGCCUGGAGGGAGAAUCCCACCUCAUAUACAGGUGGGGAGAGGUCUCAGGAGGGGGACGCGAGUGACGAGAAUGAUGAUGCAGAGUUCUUCGAUGCCAUGGAAGACUCCCCUGCAUUCAUAACUGUGACUGCUAGUGGCAAUAUACAGCACAAACGCUCAGGAAGUAAUCUGAGUAUGAUGAGUGGAGGAAUGUCCAAUGACUGGACUCACAAUGAGAAUGACACCUCAGGCACAAACCACAUGCAGAUACGAAGAACAAGACGCAGUCGUAUUCCUGACAAACCAAAUUACUCUCUUAACCUUUGGAGCAUCAUGAAGAACUGCAUUGGCAAAGACCUAUCCAAGAUACCCAUGCCUGUAAACUUCAAUGAGCCGUUGUCGAUGCUGCAGCGUCUGACGGAGGAUCUGGAGUACAGUGAGCUCCUGGACCGCGCAGCUCGCUGUGACUCCACUCUGGAGCAGAUGUGCCUGGUGGCUGCCUUUUCUGUCUCCUCCUACUCCACCACAGUCCAUCGUACAGCCAAGCCCUUCAACCCUCUGCUGGGUGAGACUUACGAACUGGACCGACUGGAUGAGUAUGGUUAUCGCUCCAUCUCUGAGCAGGUCAGUCAUCACCCACCAGCUGCUGCCCACCAUGUGACAUCACAAAGAGGAUGGACCCUUUGGCAGCACAUCACUAUUGAUAGCAAGUUUCGUGGGAAAUAUAUAUCUGUCAUGCCAUUAGGAAACAUUCACUUGCAAUUCCACUCAAGCGGAAACCGCUACAUCUGGAGCAAAGUGACUUCAACGGUGCACAACAUUAUUGUGGGGAAACUUUGGAUUGAUCAGUCUGGGGACAUUGACAUUGUAAACACCACUACCAAGGACACCUGCCGCCUCAAAUUCUCCCCCUACAGCUACUUCUCCAGAGACGUCCCACGGAAAGUGACAGGAGUGAUAGAGGACAGAGAGGGCACAGCCCGUUACAUCCUGUCAGGAACCUGGGACGACAAGAUGGAGAGUGCCAAAAUAGUGGACAGCAGCCAAGGAUGCGGAGGCUCUGAAGGCAAACAAAAGACAGUUUAUCAGACUCUUCAGCCAAAACUGUUGUGGAAAAAAUAUCCUCUCCCUGAUAAUGCAGAGAACAUGCACUUUUUCUCCUCCUUGGCUCUGACUCUCAAUGAGCCAGAAGAUGGUAUUGCGCCUACCGACAGUCGUCUGCGGCCAGACCAGCGGCUAAUGGAGGCAGGUGUGUGGGAUGAGGCGAAUGUACAGAAGCAGCGUCUGGAGGAGUGUCAGAGGCUGGAGAGGAAAAAAAGGGAGGCGCAAGCAAAUCAGGCUCUGGAGGAAGGGCAAGACAUUGAGGGCUACCAGCCACUGUGGUUUGAGAAGAGGGCAGAUGAUACAACAGGAGAAAGCACCUACGUCUACAGGGGCGGCUACUGGGAAGCCAAAGAAAGACAGGACUGGAGCCAAUGCCCAGACAUCUUCUAGGACAACAGUUCCCCUUACACCGUGGCAUCAGACAGGCUGAGUGGUUCCUCCGUAUGUUAAGAUACUCUGUGAGUUAUGGACAGAUGUUUGUGUGGGUGAGUGGGUGAACCAGGUACUAAAAGUUGUCAUCACUCCCAGAAUUUCAAGCACAAAACAAGCUUCUGCUUCCACUUACUACUCUUCUCUCUUCUGUUCUGUUGUAACUUGUGUUUUCAGAACGCAUGGCCUCAGUUUGUGUGAGUUGUGUGUACGCCCAUUCAGCACCGUAAAGAACUGAUUUAUGAGAGUACAUAAAGUUCUUAUGUGUGGGGCUGAAAGAUUGACACAAGGUAUACAGAGAAAGGAUUUCUGCAUCAAAACACACGUUUCCGUGAGUAUGCAUGGGAAUAACUUGGGGGCAAGGAGUUCCACGGAAGUUUUGGUAUGAGAACUGAAUGUCUUAUUCUCCUCGAAGCUGGAACAACAUGUUCCUCAUGCUGAGCUCUGACAGAGACGCGUGGCUUUUAAAGGACUGUAGCAGGACUACGCAUUCUUCUGUGCUUAAAGGCUUUUUCACAGCAGAAGUUUGUUAAUUGAUCCCCCUGAUUCUUGAGGAUUUUUACUAUUCUACUUCUUAAAUUGUCCGAACUGUAGGAUUUGCAGUUAUUGUCCAGUCUGACUGGCCUCUAAUGAGCAGCUACUGGGCCAUAAUAAACAAAGAAGAUGUCAUUCUCUUUGGAUGGACAACUGACUGAAUACACCAUGCUGUUUUCUAGACAACCACUGCUUCCCACAUGAUCUUAAAAUUAUGUUUUUGUUUAAAGGGGCACUCCACUAUUUACUAGUAUUAACAUUACUACAAGCUGGCUUUGGGAAAGCUUUGUUGAGUCAGGGAAAAGUACUAAAGUGACGUCACUUAAGUAAUCUCGGCUUGGAUUUUUUAUUUAUUUAUAAAUUCAUAACAGACAGCUUGUGUUACAAACUGGGGACAUGCAAUUUAAACAGGAGGUUCUUACUAAAGACACUAUUGAGUUGCAUUAUGGGAAAUGUAGGAUCCAGUA